CAUUAGCGUUUUCGAUUUAGGGGCGGCGGGAUUUCGGAUAACCUUCCGCCUAGGCGCUUCUAAUGUUUGUUUUUCUAAAUAUAGUCGCGCGGCUUCCCGGGUAUAUAAGUGAUAACUGCGAGUAACAGGGCCAAGCUCUCCUGUUCUGCCGGUUAUUGCUGCGGAAGGAGCGCGCCUAUAAAGCUCUGUUUUUUGCUUACGCGGUACAGCGAAAGCACCGAAGGAUUACGGAACGAAAAAUGGCGUCCUGUCAUCUAGCUGGCUUGAUUAUGUGCUUUCUAGCAGCAACUGUGGUCGCCAUUCCAGAGAAAUGUCACAUUCCGGAUGAAGACUGGGAAGAGCUGGUCGAUCAGUUCCUCGCCAAGAUUCCCAACGAGUACACAUUCCCCGGCCCGAACGAGGCCACGAAACACAAUGAAGUUCUCGCCGGAUUCACAGUUGGCGACAUGAGCCUCAGCGGUUUGUCGUACCUUAAGAGAUACGGCACUGUUCGCGUGUACUGCAAGAACGGCAAGCCACACGUCGACAUCAGCAUGGGCUCGCAAGCGCCAGUGAAGAUGUCCAUUCCCUGGAAAUACUGCGGUGGCAAGAGUGGUCUCUUGGGCACCCAGGCAAACCACGUCAAGAUCUGCAUCGGCUUUGACGUCGAGGAAGUUGGCGGCAAGGUAGCCCUGAAACCGGUCAGGGUUUCACCCAAGUGGAUCGAGUCCAUGGACAUCAAGGUGGACGGUGCCGGAGAUGUGGUCAACACGGUGGCACACUUGAUGGGCAAACUCAUGCCGGCAUUCGUCAAGGAUUUCUGGAUCGAGAACCUGCCCUGGAGAAUGCACAAGAUGCUCGAGCAGAUUACGAAAUAACUGUACUUCGAAA